CUGUGCGAAGACUGGGCGGGCGGAAGUGGCUGCGACCGACGAGCUCGCUGCUGCUAGUCGCUAGCUAUUGAUUCGUUCUGCGGGAGCAAUGACUGCAUUUUUCCUUUCGGGUUCCGACCGUGACUCGACGGGACAUGUUUCUAUGGAGGCCGCCGUGCAAGACCUGAACUGGUUUGUCAGCCUUGUGUAGCUUUUUUUGUGGGUUCUUUUGCCCCCUCAAAGUGUCCUCUGGACCCGUGGUCCCGGCCAUGGUGGUCUGAAAAGAGGGAGGCAGCGUGCUCGUGUGAGAGUGUCUUCACUCGAAGGACCCCGGGAGCAGCAUUGAGAAGCAGCACCGUUUUUCCACGCUCCGUCGCGCCAUGUCUGACAACAGGGAACUGGUUGAGUUCUACAUUAGCUAUAAACUUUCACAGAGGAACUACCCGCUCAGCAACAUGGGACUCAUAGAAGUGUCCAACAGGACUGACGGGGGGGCGGAAGGCUCGGGGGCCGGGGAGCCGCGGGUGCCGACGCACGCCAACAGGACUUUAAACGGGACCAGCCCGCCGCCGCCGCCGUCGCCGCUGCGUGAGGCGACCGGCCUGGACGCAGUCAAGGAGGCCCUGCGGGACUCGGCCAACGAGUUUGAGCUGCGCUACGCCCACGCCUUCAGCGACCUGCACAACCAGCUGCACAUCACGCCGGCCACGGCCUACCAGAGCUUCGAGAACGUCAUGGACGAGGUGUUCCGGGACGACGUCAACUGGGGACGCAUCGUGGGCCUGUUUGCGUUCGGCGGGGCGCUCUGCGUGGAGUGCAUGGAGAAGGAGAUGAGCCACCUGGUGGGCCGGAUCAUCGAGUGGAUGACCGUCUACCUGGACCGCCACAUUCAGCCCUGGAUAGAGAGCCAAGGAGGAUGGGAGCGUUUCGCCGAGAUCUUCGGUCAGGACGCGGCCGCCGAGGUGCGCAGGUCCCAGGAGAGUUUCAAGAAGUGGCUCCUGGCCGGGAUGACGCUGGUGACCGGCGUGGUGGUCGGCUCGCUCCUCGUCCAGAAACGCCUGUGAUGACCCCCCCGACGUCUGAUAACACACACACACACACACACACACACACACUUACAUAGUCGUCCCUCCCACUAUUGCCCAUCAUACAUGUCCUUGUUUCGAGGCGUUAACCUUUGACCCACAGUCCCCUCCUCCAAAUGUCGCCCCGUCUUUUUUUGUUGCCUAUCCAGCGAUAAUCAUGAGUGAAUUGUCGCCCGUAUGGAAAAUAGUCCGUCCCAGGGUCAAACUGUCCCCAUGAGAGACUUGCAACAUUAAAGACGGGGGAUGAAUCUUUUUAACCUGCUCACAUUGUAGCAAGUUCUGUGGUUAUCAUCACCCUUUUCAAGCGACCCCACCCUAAAAGUAAUCCAUUACAAAAGUAACCCUUUGGUAAAAGUACUGAGUAGUGUGUGACAGUGCAGGGUGUAUUCUUCUUAGAUGUAAACAAUAAGUCUUGAUGAUGUCAUGGGACAACAUAGUCAUCUUAGAUAUAAAUAUGUCUUGAUGAUGUCAUGGUGACAUCAUAUUGAUCUUAGAUAUAAAUAUGUCUUGAUGAUGUCAUGGAGACAACAUUCAUCUCAGAUAUAAAUAUGUCUUGAUGAUGUCAUGGUGACAUCAUAAUCAUCUUGGAUAUGAAUGUGUCUUGAUGAUGUCAUGGUGACAUAUUGAUCUUAGAUAUGUCUUGAUGAUGUCAUGGUGGCAUAUUGAUCCUAGAAAUGUCUUGAUGAUGUAAUGGUGACAUCAUAUUAUUCUUAGAUAUAAAUAUGUCUUGAUGAUGUCAUGGUGACAACAUAAUCAUCUUAGAUAUGAAUGUGUCUUGAUGAUGUCAUGGUGACAUAUUGAUCUUAGAUAUGUCUUGAUGAUGUCAUGGUGACAUCAUAUUCAUCUUAGAUAUAAAUAUCUCUUGAUGAUGUCAUGGUGACAACAUAAUCAUCUCAGAUAUAAAUAUGUCUUGAUGAUGUCAUGGGGACAACAUAGUCAUCUCAGAUAUAAAUAUGUCUUGAUGUCAUGGUGACAACAUAGUCAUCUCAGAUAUAAAUAUGUCUUGAUGAUGUCAUGGGGACAACAUAGUCAUCUUAGAUAUAAAUGUGUCUUGAUGAUGUCAUGGUGACAACAUAUUCAUCUUAGAUAUGUCUUGAUGUCAUGGUGACAUCAUAUUCAUCUUAGUUAUGUCUUGAUGAUGUCAUGGGGACAUCAUAUUCAUCUUAGAUAUGUCUUGAUGAUGUCAUGCUGACAUAUUCAUCUUAGAUAUAAACAAUAUGUCUUGAUGAUGUCAUGAUGACAACAUAGUCAUCUUAGAAAUAUGUCUCGAUGUCAUGGUGACAACAUUUUCAUCUCAGAUAUAAAUAUGUCUUGAUGAUGUCAUGGGGACAACAUAUUCAUCUUAGAUAUGUCUUGAUGUCAUGGUGACAUCAUAUUCAUCUUAGUUAUGUCUUGAUGAUGUCGUGGGGACAUCAUAUUCAUCUUAGAUAUGUCUUGAUGAUGUCAUGGUGACAUCUAUUCAUCUUAGAUAUGUCUUGCUGAUGUCAUGGUGACAUCAUAUUUAUCUUAGAUAUAAACAAUAUGUCUUGAUGAUGUCAUGGGGACAACAUAGUCAUCUUAGAUAUAAAUAUGUCUUGAUGAUGUCAUGGUGACAUCAUAUUUAUCUUAGUUAUAAACAAUAUGUCUUGAUGAUGUCAUGGUGACAACAUAGUCAUCUCAGAUAUAAAUGUCUUGAUGAUGUCAUGGGGACAACGUAGUCAUCUUAGAAGUAUCUCUCGAUGAUGUCAUGGUGACAACAUAGUCAUCUUAAAAGUAUCUCUCGAUGAUGUCAUGGUGACAAAAUCAGUACCACGCUGGACAGUUUGACCCUGGAACAGACCGGGAAAGUUUUGCCGUGUGGUUUGAUUGGAUUGUGAGGAUUGCGUUGACUUGCCGAUGAAAGCGUGGAGACGACGCAGGAAGUGGUUUUCCAACACUUCCUGGCAAAAAGAGUGCGUUGUUCCAUCAUCAUCAUCAUCGCUGUCGUCGUCGUUGUUGUUUAAAGCUGACAAAAACUUUUUUUAUUUUUGGAAGCCAACCAAAAACUUUUAUCGCUCAUUAUUUUACGUUGCUGUUGAAUCUGCCGGGUGCGUGUGUGUGUGUGUGUGUGCGUGUGCGUGUGUGUGAAGGGGGUGCAUGUUGACACUGUUCAGUCCGCCCUUUUUUUUAUUUUUUAGACAGUAGCUGACAAAUGCAGCAAACGUAGCGUCACACACACACACACACACACACACACGCACACACACACGCACACACACACACGCCUCAGCAUGAACAUGUUAGAUAUUUUGGAUGUAAAAGUUGUAACGUUGGUAGCACUGUUCAUACCCCUGUCCCCCCUACCCCCCGCGUUAACAUUUACCAGCCUCAUAUGAGCAGUUUAAUAAAAGUUUAUGACACAU